AAUAAAAAAAUCAUAGGAAAAAUAAAUUAAUAGUGAUAUUAUUCUAUAACUAAAAAAAUAAAAAUUAACAAAUAAUUAAAAAAAAAAUGACUGAUUUCAGAAAAGAGCUUGCCUAAAACGCCAAUAAAUUAGCUACUCCUGGUAAAGGAAUCUUAGCUGCCGAUGAAUCAACUGGAACAAUUGGAAAAAAAUUCACAUCAGUAGGAAUCGAUAACACUGAAAGCAAUCGUUAAGCUUACAGAGAUUUAAUGUUCCACACUCCCGGUCUUGAAUAACAUAUUUCUGGAGUAAUUUUAUAUUCCGAAACUGCUAAACAAAACGAUUUAUCAGGAAAAAAAUUUGUCUAAGUUUUAAAAGAAAAAGACAUUUUAUGUGGAAUUAAAGUUGACUAAGGAUUAAAAAACAUUCCUGGAACAAAAGACGAAACUGCAACUCAUGGUUUAGAUACAUUAGAUGCUAUGGCCAAGGAAUUCUAUUAAAUCGGCUGCAGAUUUGCUAAAUGGAGAGCCGUAUUGAAAAUCUCUGCCGAUGGAUGCCCUACUGAUUAAGCUAUUUAAGAAAAUGCUUGGGGUUUGGCUAGAUAUGGGGCUAUUUGUUAGGCUAAUGGACUCGUACCUAUUAUUGAACCUGAAAUUUUAAGUGAUGGAGAUCACUCAAUUGAAACUUGCUAAAAAGUCAGUGAAAGAGUACUUGCAGCAGUAGUUAAGGCUUUAUAAGAAAAUAAUAUCUUCUGGGAAGGUUGCUUACUUAAACCUAAUAUGGUUACUUAAGGAAGUAAUCACCCAGUUAAAGCUAGUCCAGCGGAAGUUGCUUUUAGAACUGUUACUGCACUUUCAAGAACAAUUCCUCCAGCUUUAGUUGGUGUCUUUUUCUUGAGCGGUGGAUAAUCUGAAGAAGAUGCUUCUUUAAAUUUAAAUGCUAUGAAUAAAUUAUAAGGUGUAAGAAGACCUUGGUUCUUAACAUUCUCUUAUGGAAGAGCUUUGUAAAAUAGUUGUGUUAAAGCUUGGGCUGGAAAAUAAGAAAAUGUAAAGAGUGCUUAAUAAGCACUUUUGUAAAGAUGUAAAGCUAAUAGUGAAGCAUAAUUGGGUAAAUACGAAGGAUCAAAGGAUGGAGCUGGAUAAGAAUCUUUAUUCGUUCAUGAUUAUAAAUAUUGAUAUAAAAAAUUAUUUGAAAAUAAUUUUUUUAUUUUUUAUAAUUUUUAUUUAAGUUUUUUUAAAAAAAUUGAAAUUGAAUAAAAAUUAUGUUUUACUUUACUUUUUUUAUAAAAAAUUAGAAAUUAAUU